CCAUCAGAACCAAGCUUUUUGCAACCCUCCUCCAGCUUUUCUAGGGGCUUCUGGGGGCUCCAAGUUCCGGGGGCGCUUCACAAAAACAAUGAUGAACCCAACCCAACUCUGGCUGCCUGGCGGGAUUGCUGGCUUGCUGACCCUCUCCAUGGUCGUCGUCUGGACGGACUGUUUGCAGCGAUUGGGCGGCGUCAAAGCCUGGGCGGGUUCCGAGAGACAAUCACAAUUCCGCAUUCAAGAAUACAAAAAGGGGACGACGGGGCUUGAAGACUUCCGACGCCCGUGCUUGCCAUACGCAGCGUACGUUUGUCCCUCUGCACCGGCUGUGAUUGGCCGCUUCGGCAAACGAACUGGCGCCAAAUUUGUACUAGUGACCUGUUUCUCACUCUGUCCAUAA